AUGUCUGUAGCAACACUUGGUACAUUCAAUUUACCCGCAAUCGAUAACGAGAAGCUGAGUACAUAUGCUCUCGGCAGUCCGGAGCGCAAUGCGCUUGAAGCAACCUUGGCAAGACUUUCCAAAGAGACAGUGACUGUUCCUGUCGUGGUUAAUGGCGAAGAGGUAAAUACCACCCACUCCGUCGCCAGACAACCCAAUCCAUGGGAUCACAAAAAAGUUGUCGUAGAGUAUCAACGAGCGGAUGCUGCAACAAUUAAAAACGCGAUCGAAGGUGCAUUGAAGGCAAAGCCUUCUUGGGAAGCUAUGCCGUUCAGUGGCCGAUGUGCGAUAUUUCUUAAAGCUGCUGAGCUGAUAUCGGGAAAAUAUAAAUACGAGAUGUUGGCCAGAACUAUGUUGGGACAGGGAAAGAAUAUCUGGCAAGCCGAGAUCGAUGCUAUCGCCGAAUUAACCGACUUUCUACGAUUCAAUGCCAAAUAUGCCCAGGAAAUAUACGCUGAACAACCGCCCAAACAUUCUCCGGGCGUAUGGAACAGAGUAGAAUACCGUCCAUUAGAGGGAUUUGUUUACGCAGUAGCGCCUUUCAACUUCACGGCCAUCGGGGGUAAUCUCCCGUGUGCACCUGCACUAUUGGGGAACGUUGUUCUAUGGAAACCGUCAUCCUGUGCGAUUUAUUCUAAUUAUUUGCUUUAUCAGAUCCUUGCCGAGGCAGGACUUCCAAAAGGCGUCAUACAAUUCAUCCCGGGUCCUGCUGACGAGAUUACCAAAACUGUGCUGGCUUCACCAGAUUUCGCCGCUUUGCAUUUUACCGGAUCAACGGCUGUAUUUAAGAAGAUGUGGCAUACGAUCGGGGAGAAUUUGAAUUUGGACGUUUACAGAUCCUACCCGAGAAUUGUGGGCGAGACUGGUGGAAAGAACUUUCAUAUGAUUCACGAGAGCGCUGAUUUAAGAAACGCGGUUCUACAGACCUUGAGGGCGGCUUUUGAGUAUCAGGGACAAAAAUGUUCGGCAUGCUCCAGGACAUACGUGCCUGAUAGUAUUUGGGACUCGUUUAAAACUUUAUUGUUGAAGGAGCACAAGAAGAUUGACUUUGGCGUUGAUUUCUUAAGUUUCGUGGGACCUGUCAUUCACAAAGCAGCGUUUGCUAAAAUCAAAAGUUAUAUUGACUGGGCAAAUUCGGAUGAUGAAAGUGAAAUCAUUGCUGGUGGACAAUAUGAUGACUCUACCGGAUACUUUUUGCAACCAACCAUUAUUCUUACAAAGAAUGCCAAGAGUAAGACGAUGUGCGAGGAAAUAUUCGG